AGCAGGGCAGGUUGAGCAGCAGACGCAGCUGAGACCUUCGACUGAAGCCGAGGCUCGGUUAUGUGACGCUCGCAAAUAGCCUUGAUUCCCUUGUACAACUUAAUGUAUGUGGACGGAUUAAUGUCGAGUGGAUAGUCGAGAAAUCUUCAGUGUUGCCAACCUCAACUUCAGCAACAACCGAAUGCGAGAUCAUGGAAAGUCCAUCUUUCACAUCUGGUGCUGACACUGGCCAAAAUCCAAAUGCUAGUGGAAGAAAAAGAAUUCGUAAACCAAGAAACCCUGCUGGAAGUAGCAACGCUGAAAGGCAGGAGACAGAUGACAGAGAUGUAGGGAUGGGUGGGAGAGGAAGAGGAGGAGGAGGAGGGGUGCGAGGGAGAGGCAGAGGAAGAGGAGGAAUGGGAAUAGGAGCAGCAGGUAGAGGAAGAGGAGGAGCAGGAGAUGCAGGCAGAGGAAGGGGAGGAGAUGGAGCAGCGGGAUGGGGAUGGGGAGGACAGGGAGCAGCAGGCAGGGGAUGGGGAGGACAGGGAGCAGCAGGCAGGGGAUGGGGAUGGGGAGGAGGAGGAGGAGUGGGUGCAGCAGGCAGAGGAAGAGGAGCAGGAGACGCAGGCAGAGGACCAGUUAGGGGGGUGGCAGCAAUGGGUGGAAGGAGAGACGGACAUAGUUUGGAUGGAAGAGGAGCAGGUUGGCGUGAGAAAAGAGGUGGUGCUGCAGACGGACAAGAGAAGAAUGGAGGCAGAUCAAAUUCUACAAGCAGACUCGGGGCACCACAUGGUCGUGGUCUGGGCUAUCAAACACUGAAAGAACUCUCUGGAAAGGAUCCAUCUCUAGUGGCCAUCACCCUGUCCGCUCACCCCGCCCUGAAAGAGCUCCUGAGUGAGACAGAAAUGAGGCAGGACCUUAUCGAACUCCUCUGCCUGGUUAUGAGCAUAGCGUUGAAAUCUCGCGCAGACAGGUGCACCGUGCAGCACCUGGCUCGCAUCAUAAAAGAUUCAGGGUUCUUCCGCACCGUCCUGCCCCACUACCUGGGGGGCAUGGGGUCAGAGUUCAACCCCGACCGCAGGGCAGAGUACCCUCGGCACCUGGAUAGCAUCCUGACUAUUCUGUCAGAGGUCCUCAGCAUCUUCCCUGCCAGCUCGGCCCAGGCUGUGAGUAUGCUAGUGACACUGCUUAACGCCUCCAUCACCAUCCUGAGGGCAUCAGGAGUGGACAUCCUGCCUCAAACGGAUGAGAGCGUGGAGAAUAUUCAAGGCCUGAUCAGGCACCUCCAAGAGAGAUCCAGGGAGGGAACCCUGCGCUCGGACAAGGACACUUAUGCCCUUCUACCCACCGGAGGUGAAGAAAUGCAGGAAGAUUUCAGGAACAUACCCAUCUACCCCACGCCUGAGGAGUUCCAGCAGGAGCAGAGGCCCUUCCUUAGACCCAACCUCACCUCUCAGCGCUACACGAGCACCCACCUCUACCUUGACACGCACUUCCGGCUGAUGAGAGAGGACUUUGUGCGGCCACUCCGCGAGGGGAUCCAGCAACUGCUUCGGAGCCAGAACGAAGUGGGAGGGAAUGAUAACCUUCUGAAGACGAGGCAAUUUGACGACAUCAGAAUAUAUUUUGACACCAAACUGUUGGUGCCCAAGUGCACGUCCACUGGCAUUGCCUACCUAGUCCAGUUUGACAUUGAGCCUCUCAAGUUUGUGCUCUGGGAGAACUCCAAGAGGCUGAUCUUUGGUUCCCUGGUCUGCUUGUCGUGUGAUAAUUUCGAGAGCUUCUUGUUUGCCACAGUGUCAGAUCGGGAUCCCAAAUGUCUAGCGAAGGGACAGGUCCUGAUCGCCUUUACUGAAGAGAGCAGAAACACGUUGGCCACAAUGGAGAAAAACCAAUCUUUCCUGAUGAUCGAGACCACUGCCUACUUUGAGGCUUAUCGGUAUGUUCUGGAGGGCCUACAGGAGCAGGAGGAGGACGACCUGCCCUUUCAGAGGUACAUCGUGGAGUGCAAGAAAGAUGUGCAUUCCCCAGCUUAUCUGCAAAGAACAGAUGAUUAUGACCUGUUGUCCGUUGCUCACCCGGACCAUAAGAAACGUGUGAAGCCCUUUCACAGCCUGGACGCAAAGGCCUGGCCGAAAAAGGAGGAGCUGGGUCUGGACGAGUCUCAGAUGAGAGCUUUCCAGCUGGCCCUCACAAAGGAGCUGACCAUCAUACAGGGACCUCCUGGCACUGGAAAAACCUACGUUGGCCUUAAGAUUGCUCAGGCUCUGUUGACCAAUCAGAAACUUUGGAGAGAGGGAGUUGGUAAAGCUCCAAUGCUGGUAGUGUGUUACACUAACCAUGCCCUGGAUCAGUUCCUUGAGGGUAUUCAUACGUUUCUGCCAGAUGGAAUAGUGAGAGUAGGAGGCCGCAGCAACAGUGAGAUCCUGAAGCGUUUCAAUCUUAGGGAGCUGUCCCGCUCCUCUGACUUCAGACGUUCGCUGCCAUCUCACCUGUCUGGUGCACAUAAUCAGGUCUACAGGGAGAUGUGUGAGGAGGAGAGGGGGAUCCAGAGUCAGAGCUUGAAGCUGGAGUGUUCUCUGAAAGGCGUCCUGCGGGAAACCUUCCUACAGAAUGUCAUCCCAAACAGACACUGGAACAGUCUGCAACAGCGACCAGCUAUAAGGGAUGAUUUUCAGACCUGGGGUGAGAAGAAGAAGCCCAGUCUGAUAAUGGAGUGGUUGGGCUUGAGUUCCACCGUCUUCCUGCAGAGGGAGACAGAGAAUGCAAAUGGAUAUGACGCAGCAGAGGAAGAUGUGGACAUGGAUGGCGGGGACGGCCUCAUUCAAAUCGCACAGGAAGCAGAUCUGAUCAUGGCAGAGCGGUUCAUUGAAGACAGCAUUGGUCCCAGAGGUGGCAGAGAUGGCAGAAAGAACGAAGAAAUGGAGGAGGCUGUCAGAGCAGUGGAGGAAAUGAUGCUGGCUCUGAACUUGGAUCAUGACGAAAUCCAGGCUCAGCAGGGCGGUGGAGGAUGGCAGUUUCAACGUCCCGAGAAGAAAAGGUUAAAGAACCAAAUUAAGAAAGAGCUGCGGAAGACCACGACCAUGACUGAAACAGAGGCAGAUGCCGUCUUGGAUAUUUGGACCCUUGACCAGCGAGACAGAUGGAGACUCUAUCGGUUGUGGGUGGCACGGUACAGAGCACACCUUUGCACCAUAAUCCAAGAGUCAGAAGGGGCCUAUCAGAACGCGGUGGACAGAUUGGCUGAUGUAAAACGUCAUGAGGACCUCUGUCUUCUCAAGAAAGCCACGGUUAUUGGCAUGACAACAACAGGGGCAGCCAAGUUCCGUAGACUUCUGCAGGAAGUGCGUCCAUGUCUGGUGAUUGUGGAAGAAGCUGCAGAGGUUCUCGAGGCUCACACCAUCACGACACUGAGCAAAGCCUGCCAACACCUCAUCCUCAUCGGAGACCACCAGCAGCUGCGCCCCAGUGCCACAGUAUAUGAACUUGCUAAGAACUUCAACCUGGAGAUGUCCAUGUUUGAGCGGCUGGUGAGAAUGGAGCUCCCCUUUGUCAGACUCGACUACCAGCAUCGUAUGAGGCCAGAAAUUGCCCGUCUUCUGACCCCACACAUCUACUCAGAGCUGGAAAACCAUCCGUCGGUGUUCGAAUACGACAACAUCAAGGGCCUUGAUACCAAUUUAUUCUUCGUGGAGCACAACAACCUAGAAGAAGAGAUCAAAGAUGGGAAAAGCCAUCGGAACCAACAUGAGGCGUCGUUUGUAGUCUCUCUUUGCCACUAUCUUAUCUUACAGGGCUACAAACCAGAGCAAAUUACCAUCCUCACAACCUACACCGGGCAGCUCCAUUGCCUGCGCAACCUUAUGCCUGCCAGCAAGUUCACAGGGGUCAGAGUGCACGUAGUGGACAAAUACCAGGGGGAAGAGAAUGACAUCGUUUUGUUGUCUCUGGUCCGCAGCAACCGGCAGGGAAAAGUUGGCUUUUUGAACAUUCCCAAUCGCGUCUGUGUAGCCUUGUCUCGUGCCAAGAAAGGUCUCUACUGUAUUGGCAAUAGUGCAAUGCUGGGCCAAGUCAAACUGUGGGGCAACAUCCUCCAAACCUUGAGGGAGAAGGACCAGAUUGGAAAUGCUCUGACACUGUGCUGCCAGAAUCAUCCAGAGCGACAGGUGAAAGUGGCUAAUACUGAAGAUUUCAAACAAGCGCCCGAGGGAGGCUGCACAAAGCCCUGCGAGUUCCGUUUGGAUUGUGGCCACGUUUGCACACGCGUCUGCCACCCCUACGACCCCGAGCACAAGGAGUACAAGUGUCCCAAGAAGUGCCAGAAGAUUUUAUGUGAUCUGGAACACAGGUGCCCACGUCUGUGCCAUCAAGAGUGCCCAGAGAAAUGUUCAGUGAUGCUGGAGAAGAUCAUACCCAGAUGUCAACACGCACAGAUGGUUCCUUGCCACCAGGAUCCGGAGACCUUUACAUGCCAGGAGCCUUGCCAGGAGCUGCUUCGCUGCGGACAUCCAUGUGCAUCAUUUUGUGGAGAACCAUGCACCAGUCGGUGCAAAGUGGAGGUCACCCUAGAACUAAAGUGUGGCCACAGCCAGCAAAAUGCGUGCUUUUACAAAACGCACACAGAGGAACCUGAAUGUAUGACCCCUUGUAAGCAACAGCUAAAAUGUGGCCAUGCCUGUAAGGGUAGCUGUGGUCGGUGCGCUCAGGGACGGUACCAUGCCCCAUGUACUCACGGCUGUAAGAGUCUCCUGAUUUGCUCUCACAAGUGCCGGGAGCCCUGCACUCGUGACUCCCCCUGUCAGAAGCCGUGUGAGAAUUGCUGCGUGCACAGCAAGUGUAUGAGUCCGUGCGGACAGCCCUGUGCCCCGUGCAUUGAGCCCUGCGCUUGGCAAUGCCCUCACCAAAGCUGCAGUAAGCUCUGCCAUGAGCCAUGCGAUCGUCCGCCAUGCAACCAACCCUGUGCCAAGACCCUGGAUUGCGACCACCCAUGCAUAGGUCUGUGUGGAGACAAGUGUCCAAACAAAUGUCGCAUUUGUAAUAAAGAUGAUGUCACAGAGAUUCUAUUUGGCACUGAGGAUGAGCCUGAUGCUUGCUUUAUUCAGCUAGAGGACUGUGGACACAUCAUGGAAUACACAGGCAUGGACCACUUCAUGGGGAUGGAUGCCGACCAGCAGGCAAAUGAAGGAGAGGAGGUGGCCAUUAAACUGAAGGAAUGUCCCAGGUGCACAACUCCAAUCCGCAAGAAUCUGCGCUAUGGAACUCACAUCAACCGUUGUCUUGCUGAGAUUGAGAUGGUAAAGGAAAAGUUAAAUGGAUGUCAGGCAGAUAUUGGGAAGCACAGGCAGAGCCUUAAAGAACGGUGGGAAGAAAACUUUCUCCUCCAUGGAAUGCAUGCCCAGGAGGAAUACAUGCAAAUCAUUGACCGAGUGGGAAAGGAGCGUCUCACAGCAAAGGACCUGUGGAUUCUGGAAAACAAGAUGGAUUUCCUAAUAAGAGUUGCAAAGCUGAAGAAGAUCCAAAGGCAAAAAUUGUCAGCAGUUCAAAGCUUCGCAUUAGGAGUGCGUGUCGCGGAGUUCGAGCGCUGGGUCAAUCACUGGCUUCAAAAAUUCACAGACCAGCAGGUCUUUGAUUUGCAGAGUGAGCUACAGAGAAUCACCCUCCUUACUGAGCUCCACGCCCGUUGCCAUGUGGCAGACAUGAGGGAACAAAGUGACAAAAUACAAUCCGAGGUACAAAAAAUAACCACGGUUUUGGAAAAGUGUGGCCCGUUCACUGAGCAAGAUCAACACCGAGUGAAGGAAGCCAUGACGGAACUCGACAAGAAGCUUCCACCCUCAGGCUUGGGGAUCAAUGAGGAGGAGAGAAAGAUGAUCGUCUCUGCUAUGAAUAUGCAGCGUGGACACUGGUACAAAUGUCCCAAUGGCCACGUCUACGUUAUAACAGAGUGUGGAGGGGCUAUGGAGAGUCGAUGCUGCCCUGAUUGUAAAGCUACUAUUGGCGGGGCCAAUCACUCGCUGGCAAGUGGCAACCAAGUGGCCUCGGAGAUGGAUGGGGCACAGCAUGCUGCUUGGUCUGAGGCCAACAACCUUCUAAACUUUGAUGAACUUAAUGAUCUUGACUUCUUGUAGCCAUCUUAGAGAAGUCCAUUAUUGCCUUCACAGUCCUGGUCCGUUGGUUGCAAUACCUAAAGAGGCAAUGGGUUAAGAUUUUACUGUUAUGAUCACUUUAAUUCCUGCUUUACUAGGACGGAUCUCUUUAAUAGUGACUUGGAUAAUGCAGAUGCCUAUUUCACUUUGAGUUGUAUGAAUGCUUUCAAGAGGGGAUGAACGGCAUCAGACGCAAUUAGUCAGGCUUUUUAGUUCACCUGCGUUUUAUGUAUACAUCAUUUUUAUUGACCUUUUCAAUUCAUGGAAGUUUUAAUAUUUCCUGCUUCAGACGUAGUGGGUAGUAGUUUUGUUUUAAAAAUUGCUUUUCUGCAUUUGUUCAAGAUUCCUUGUUUAUGUAACGGUUGUCCUGUUGUUCAACAAUAGGUGGCAGUAAAACACUGUUAAAGAACAUACAGAGAAAUUACAUGAUAGUUAUCAAUUUUUGCAGCUUGCUCAAACAGAAUAAAAACGGUUUGAAUCUA